AUGGCAUCUCGUUCCGCCCACAGACUCACCUCCUCCCUGCGGAAAUGGCUGCUCUCCUCGCCACCGGCCGAAUGGGCCCUCAACCAACUCCGCGAACUCCUCAUCGGGGCCUUGCGCCAGGGACCCGUCCCGAAACAUGUCGCCUUUGUCAUGGAUGGCAACCGUCGCUUUGCACGAAAUCACCGAAUCGAGACCGUCGAAGGACACAACUUGGGCUUUGAAGCCCUGGCCAAGAUUCUGGAGGUGUGCUACAAAUCCGGCGUCCACACCGUGACAAUCUACGCCUUCAGCAUUGAAAACUUCAAGCGCAGUAAAUACGAGGUGGACGCAUUGAUGGCCAUGGCCAAGAUCAAGCUGAAGCAAUUGGUUCAGCACGGGGACCUGCUCGACCGGUACGGCGCCCGCAUCCGCAUCCUGGGACAGAGGGAAUUGAUUAAACCGGAUGUGCUGGAGGCCGUGGACAAAGCGGUCGAAACGACGAGCCAUAAUCAAGGCAAAUGUGUCUUGAAUGUGUGUUUCCCUUACACCUCAAGAGAGGAGAUCACGACCGCGGUCAAGUGUGUGGUGGAGCAAUGGAGUCGGCCUCUCCCCGAGGAGCAUCCAGCCGGCCAGAAGGACAGACAGAGCCCCUUCCGCGAGGACCGAAUCGCCCAAGCCAUAAGGUCGGAACAGGUCUCCCAGCACUCGACCACGACGCACCUCUCGCCCCCCGGCUUCCGGUCCCCAUCGUCAAGCACGACCAGCUUAUCAUCAUACUCGCCCGAUCUGGCCUCAGACCACGACACCGAAUCUGUGUCGACUUCCACCACCCUCCACCAUGACGACGCACCGGCACCCUUCUCUCACACGUCCUCCACGAGCCAGAAACCGCGCUACCCUCCGCCCGACUCCAUCACCGCCGAAACAAUCACCUCCAACACGUACACCUCGUCCUGCCCGCCCAUCGAUCUCUUGAUCCGCACCUCCGGCGUGUCCAGACUGUCAGAUUUCAUGCUCUGGCAAUGCCACGAAGACACCGAGAUUGUCUUUCUCGACGUGCUGUGGCCGGAAUUCGAUCUCUGGAGUUUCCUCCCCGUCCUGUGGGAGUGGCAGUGGCGCAGGCGGCGCGAGCAGAAGAUGGAACACGAGAUGAAGACCACGCGGCCGGAUCCGGGGGCGGGUAAGGUGCAUGCUACCUGA